CUCUCUUCUUUCACCCCCUUCUCCAGGUGUACUUCUACUCUACACUGGGUUGAGCCAUCAUGUCCUCACAAAUCCCUAUCAGGCGUAAGCUAGUUAUUGUGGGUGAUGGCGCCUGUGGAAAGGUGAGCCUAGCAUUUCUUCCAUGCAUAUCUGUUUUCGGUCCCCUAUGCCUUCCAUAACAAUCGCGCCUAUGGUGUUCGUCUUUACUGAAUGCACUUUUGACGUCCAGACCAGUCUGCUUUGCGUGUUUGCUAUGGGCGAGUUUCCGAAAGAAUACGAGCCGACAAUAUUUGAAAAUUACGUCGCUGAGAUCCGACUGGACGGCAAGCCGGUGCAACUGGCGUUAUGGGAUACCGCCGGUCAGGAAGAAUAUGAGCGCCUUCGGCCUCUCUCCUAUUCGAAAGCGCAUGUUAUCUUGAUAGCUUUCGCUAUUGACACCCCAGACUCCCUGGACAACGUAAGAUUCAAGUGGAUUGAAGAAGUGCGCCAGAUAUGCGGGCCACACGUCCCCGUUAUCCUUGUUGGUUGCAAGUCGGACCUCCGUCCACCGAACGCCAUCAGUGGCGCUCCCCACGACGAAGACCUGCCUUAUGUUACCCGAGCUCGAGGCGAACAAGUUGCGCGCGCGAUUGGUGCGCGAACAUACAAGGAGUGCUCUUCCAAGAGGAACCAAGGUGUCGACGACGUCUUUGAGGCUGCCACCCGGGCUAGCAUGCUGCUCGGUGCUUCUUCCCAUCACCAUUCAGGAUCUAGGGACAGGAGGCGAAGCGAUGCUGCUGAGGACACCGGAAAGUGCUGUGUCAUCUGCUAGGUUCGACUCGGCCACUGUAUCAAUUUGGAUUUUUGCUCUUUGACGCGAGUAU